AUGUCUGUCAUUCUCCGCAACCUUGGGCGACGUGAGCUGGUGCAUGGGAUGUCUCUUGUGGCCAACAAGACCACGCCACGCCCCGGCGAGCGCAUCCCCAAUUUCCCAGGAGAAGCGAUUGACCUCAGGGAACGUCGUGGGGACCGGCGAUUGACGGUGAUUCUACGGGGUCAAGAAGUUCUGGCAGAGUCGGCACCCGAGGGCAGACCAUCAUACCUGGAUGGAGCUCUCAUCCAGUUCGAGCGCCUGCAGGGAGAGCACUGGCACGGGCCGAGCAUCUCAAGCAGUCCGUCGUCAGCCUUUAUGAAUUUCGUGCAACUGUCGGAGGUUCGCAAGCCUGUUUCGAAGAACGUUGACCGGGUACCGGAUGCCGGAAUCUCGGGUUGGGCGAGACCCCCGCGGACACAGCACCAUCCCAGAGCCCCCCAGCGUCAGGGAUAUCAAUUUAGAGCGACGAAGGGGCUCCAAGAGAAGACCUCCUUCAUCAGCGGAUCGAAGAUAGCGCCACUGUUGACGACGACCAGCCUGCGCAGUCUGGGAACGUGUAGCGAGGCAGCCCGCGAUUCCGGGCACAACGUCAGGGGGGCGCGCGCCGUUUGGCCCGCUGCCAAUGUCCUGCACUGCGGCGUCACAGUGGACGGGACCGACUUUCCGUACGAGUCUGCUGCGACCACGGACCGCGCACGCCCGACGUAG